CUCUCCUGCCCAGGGGACUGAAAUAAACCAUUAACCGUAACAUCCCCCCUUCCAACCUUCCUGUAUUCAUUCGUCUGUGUGGGAAUAAUCAAUACUGCACACAUACUGAGACAACAGCAACAACAACGACAACAACGAAUAAUGGUGUGGUCUAGUGAUAAGCAACAACAGUAGGGCCACAGCCCGGCCCCACCCCCCGCCACCGACCACCUCCCACCGCCAACCAAGGAGCAGGAAUUUCAAUAAAAGGAGCAACAAAAAGCAAUUACCAUCACACAACUCAAAUUUCCUGUCAUUCCUUCUUCUUCCUGACGGCACAUAAAGUGGAAGAAAUGUCACGCGAGGAACGCAAACCCAUCGUGGACACCUCGAACAGCAGCAGCUGCAGCAGCGGCGAUGAUGAAGUGCAUCCUGUGGUGCGACGUCGCAGUACCCGGGACACGGAACUCGCCGGUCCGCAAAAGGAUACAGGAUGUUGCGAUCCUUCGAGCACACCGCACCGAUUCCUGGCCCUGCUCUUCAUGUGUCUUUUGGGAUUUGGUUCCUACUUCUGCUAUGAUAAUCCCGGCGCAUUGCAGGACGUGUUCCAAAAGGAGCUGGACCUCAGCUCCACUGAGUUCACGCUCAUCUACUCCAUCUACUCGUGGCCAAACAUCGUGCUCUGCUUUGUGGGCGGCUUUCUCAUCGACCGGGUGUUCGGGAUCCGUCUGGGCACCAUUAUCUACAUGCUGAUCGUGCUUGUUGGCCAACUGAUCUUUGCCACGGGCGGAGUGCUGGGUCACUUCUGGUUGAUGAUAGUGGGACGAUUUGUAUUCGGAAUCGGGGCUGAGUCGCUGGCUGUGGCCCAAAACAGCUAUGCGGUGCUGUGGUUUAAGGGCAAGGAGCUAAACAUGGUCUUCGGACUGCAGUUGUCGGUGGCUCGUUUCGGCAGCACCGUGAACUUUUGGAUAAUGCAACCCCUAUAUGGCUACGUCUCGAAAUCCUACUCUGGCUACAAAGGUCUGGGAGUGGCCCUGUUCCUGGCCUCUUCCACAUGUGUGAUGUCGCUGAUCUGCACCUUGAUUCUAGGUUGGAUGGACAAGCGUGCAGAGCGUAUUCUCAAGCGUAAUAAUAACCCCGGCGGGGAAAUAGCCAAAUUAAGCGACAUAGUCACCUUCAAGCUGGACUUUUGGAUGGUGUCUGUGGUCUGCGUGGCGUACUAUGUGGCCAUAUUUCCCUUUGUGGCUUUGGGACAGGCCUUCUUUAUGAGCAAUUUCCACAUGACAGCGGAUGAGGCGAACACGGUCAACUCGAUUGUCUACCUGAUCUCUGCUAUAGCAUCGCCUCUAUUUGGUUUUAUAAUUGACAAAGUCGGAAGGAAUGUAACCUGGGUGUUUUGCGCAACCAUCUCCACGCUGGUGGCGCACUUUCUGCUGACCUUCACCCACUGGGAUCCGUACAUAGGAAUGACCAUCAUGGGCCUGUCUUAUUCCAUGUUGGCUGCUAGUUUGUGGCCUCUGGUCUCGUUGAUUGUACCCGAGUAUCAGUUGGGCACGGCAUAUGGCUUCUGUCAGUCUGUGCAGAAUCUGGGAUUGGCGGUGGUCACCAUUGCGGCGGGUAUUAUUGUGGAUAGCAGCGGUGGAAGUCACUUUUGGCUGCAGAUCUUCUUUAUGGUCUUUCUGCUGAUCUCCCUUCUGGCCACCUGCGCUAUUUGGGCCUACAACCGGAAACACCAGGGCAACUUAAAUAUGUCACCUGCCCAGCGGGCCACAUAUCACACCUCGAUGUACGUGAAUAUUGAGUCGAGUUGAGCAUGCUAUUGAUGUCUUGAUGUUGUGCACUAAACCCAUAUCUGAUGACACACCUCCACAUCAGACUCCCCUGACUAAUUAACAUUCUCUUUCUAAAUGUAUUUGCUUUGUGUACAUGCCAAAAGCGCGAUGCAGUGCCCCUUCGUGAAUCGACGGCCUUUAUUGGGCAACUAAGUGCGCUAUAUCGAUUAUUAUCUGUUACUAACCAAUAACCAAUUGUGAUGUUAGCGCCAUCUCUUCAUACUUGACUUGUUAUGCAACACGGAACACUUUGCUAACCGCACAAUCGUCGUGAUCGUUCGAUUGGUUAAACUCCUAGCCAAUAUUCUAUGAUACAUAUCAAGCCGUAAACUAUUGUUAUAUUUAUUGUUUCGUUGUAUAUGUUGAAUAAAUUUAUGCAAAUGUA